CCUAAACCUCUCUCUCUCUCUCUCUCUUUAACACACACACACACAUAGUACACUCACAGCCACAGUCACACCACAUGCUCCAGGACCGUGCAGACAAACACACAUUUAGGAUGGCGACAAAAAGAAUGAGAAAAUGUUACAAAACGUUAAAUGCUGCAUUCAUAUUCUGUCUUCUGGCUGUUUGUUUUCAAGGUGUGAUUUGUAAAGAGGUGGACGUAGAUGCAGAUCAAACCAACCAUGGGGAUGGUGUUCUCCCCAAUCCAACAACAAAGGGGCAAAACAAAGGAGAUCCUCAAGUCCCAGUUUACCCCACCAUCUCACCUGAUUCAGGGACCUCAGAGACACCAGGGGACAGAGAGACCACCCAGCCAACUCAAUUCAUGAAAUAUCCCACCAACCAGCAGAACACACAGACCUCAGAUCAGACCGACUCCAAUACACCUGAAACAAAGGGAAAUGUGGUGUGUGUGGAUAAAAUACCAGUGCGCUUCAAAUAUGAUGUCCUGCUGAAACUAAAGGCCUCCUCCACAUGUGAAGAGACUAAAGCCAGAAUUCAGAGUGUUAUAGAGCAUCUCUGUGGUGAGGACUGCAAACUUGAAAUCUACCAGAAAGACAACACGGAUGAGAUCAAUGUUUAUGGAGACAGCAUUGAAGCUGAUCCUGAAGGAAUGGCGGGGAAGUUCAACAAUGAUAACAUUACAGAUAAGGUUGAAGUAGAGGAGGCAGUGUCUCGCAUGGGCCAGCGCUCUAAAAUGGUCCUGAUCUCUAUGCUGAUAUGUGGUCUACUUCUUGCUGCUUUGCUAAUCUCUGGAUACCUCCUGAAGACUCAUCGGGGACAUUCAAAAGGGCUACGACUGGCUGAGGAGUCCUUCCAAGUGGAUCAAGACAACCAAGGCAACACACUGCUGUCUGUGACCCCCCUCCCUCAACAGGAGCCUGUGGACAAACCCAUCAUCAAUGGAGAGUCCCCUGAAUCUCCCCCUACAAAUGGACACUCUGCAAACCAGACACAGGUGGCUGAUACUCAGAUGUAAGAGGCCUGGAGUUACAAUCAAUCCAAUCAUCAACACACAUCAAGGGUUAUGGCAAAAUCAGGAAACUAGAUUUUCAUUAGGCAUAACUGAGAAUAUGUUGACGAUUCAGUUUCUGUCAGUGGAAUGAUGGAAAGAUAUUGAACAAUGAAGAUGACAAGAGUAAUGAAGAUUCCAUUGGUAAUGUGAAAAGACUGAUUGAUACGUAAUAGGCAGAGAGGUUAAAGAAAAUAUUACGCUCUGAAAUAUUACUUUCUGGCCUAGCUAUCAGGUUAGUAGCCCCUCAGAAUCCACAUCCAUUAACUUACAUCCAGAAACAUCACCAAAGUUUAAAGAUUUAACACUUUACACUUAAAAGUUUUGACCAACAGUGCCAAAAAUAUUUUGAGGCCUUCCAUGUAAAUAGAGAAUGCUGUUUUAUGCUAUUUGGACAUGGAAAAUAGUAGUCUAACCCAGUGGUUCUCAACUGGUUUUGCUUCAAGAACCAGAUUUUACAGUAGACAUCAAGUGGCUACCUAACAGAGUACAGUAUAAUUCUUUAUAGUACAAAAGUAAACUAGAUUUUGUCUUUAAAAUCUAAAUUUGUGAAUUAUUCAUAUUAAAAUGAACUGCAUAGGCCAAACAGCAUGCAAUUAAACAAGACAUAAGCUGAAUUUUGAUUUCUAAAUAUCUCUUGAAUUUUUGCGAGCCACCAGUUAAGAAUCACUGGUCUAACCAAUAUGAUUUGUAUAAUACAAGUCUACAACUGCUGCUUCAUAUUAUGAUCAAGUGUGAUUAUUACACUUUCUUUUUUCAUUUUUUAGGUACUUUAGAAAAUAAUUACUAUUUCAACAACUUUUAAAAUACGUUAAGACUCUUACCAACUAGUAUUUGUAAGAUUCUGAUGGACUUAAUUUGGGAAAGCACUACUUUUUGCUUAUAACCUUGGGGGAUUUUUCUGAUUGUGUCUUUCAAUUUUUUAUUGGUCUAUGACCAUUUUUUUUUUUUUUUUUUCUACUUUCUAACCAGAUUCAUUUCAGUAAUGUUCAGGAUCUUUUUGUUAGAUCAUGAUUUACAUGUAUGCAUUGUCAUGCAUUUAUGACCAUUUUAUGCUAAGCAGCUUGUGCAUUCAAGGUACAAUUUAUCUGUAAAUCAAACCCAGGCCUUGGCAUUUCUAGUGCAAUGCUUUAUCAGUUGAGCUACAGGAACUGGGGUAAUAAGUACAAAAUAAUACUUUUGGUCUAUUUACUUAAUUGGUUGCACAAGAUGCAAAAUUCCUAAAGUGUCAGAUGUCACCCAAUAGUGUGCACUAAUUGAGAACAUGUGCUUUGAAAUAGUAACGACAAUGACCAGUGAAUCACCGCUUAAAACUGUGAUGGUUGAUAAACCAAUAAGGACUGAAAAAAAAAACAAAAAAAAAAAAACAUUAUUCAACAAAUUUAUUUUAGCUUCACAAUUUUUGUAAUUGCCUAUAUUUUUAUACAUAGUAUAUUUUGUUUUAUACCCUUUUCGUUUGGCAUGAAAUAAAACAUUCAGUUACUCAUUAGGGAAAAAAUGAAGAUGAACUUAUGUAGAGAUUUUGUUUUGUGUACUGUAUGUGAAAGUUUAUGUGCAUAAGUGUGUGAUUAUUGUUUUUUCAUCAUUUUUUUUGUUUCAGUUGCUGUAAAGAAGCCAAAUGUCUAAACAUUUAUAGAAUAAAAUACAAUUUUCAUGCA